AUGUCUAUUGAACUUGGACACAGCAAUGUCAUGUCUAUUGAACUUGGACGUGGCUAUGUCAUGUCUAUUGAACUUGGACAUGGCUAUGUCAUGUGUAUUGAACUUGGACACUGCUAUGUCAUGUCUUUUGAACUUGGACACGGCUAUAUCAUGUCUAUUGAACUUGGACGUGGCUAUGUCAUGCUUAUUGAACUUGGACAUGGCUAUGCCAUGUCUAUUGAACUUGGACACGGCUAUAUCAUGUCUAUUGAACUUGGACACGGCUAUAUCAUGUCUAUUGAACUUGGACACGGCUAUAUCAUGUCUAUUGAACUUGGACAUGGCUAUGUCAUGCUUAUUGAACUUGGACACGGCUAUAUCAUGUCUAUUGAACUAGGACGUGGCUAUGUCAUGUCUAUUGAACUUGGACACGGCUAUAUCAUGUAUAUUGAACUUGGACACGGCUAUGUAGUGUCUAUUGAACUUGGACACGGCUAUGUCAUGUCUAUUGAACUAGGACGUGGCUAUGUCAUGUCUAUUGAACUUGGACACGGCUAUAUCAUGACUAUUGAACUUGGACACGUCUAUAUCAUGUCUAUUGAACUUGAACACGGCUAUAUCAUGUCUAUUGAACUUGGAAAAGGCUAUAUCAUGUCUAUUGAACUUGGGCACAGCUAUGUCAUGUCCAUUGAACUAGGACGUGGCUAUGUCAUGUCUAUUGAAUUUGGACACUGCUAUGUCAUGUCUAUUGAACUUGGACAUGGCUAUAUCAUGUCUAUUGAACUUGGACACGGCUAUAUCAUGUCUAUUGAACUUGGACACGGCUAUAUCAUGUCUAUUGAACUUGGGCACAGCUAUGCCAUGUUCUUGACAGGUCGUGGCUAUAAUCAUGUCUAUGACUUGGCACGGCUAUAUCCUGUCUAUUGA